ACUUUCAACAAUUCAACUGAAGAAAAUAGGUGUAGAAGGUAGUAAGGCUCUGGAACCUGACACUAUGGAGAAAGCACAUAUGGGGCUAGUAGCAGACGGUGAAAAAAUGGCAGGUUCUUCAGUUGACCCACACUUGGAUGGUGGGACAGAAACUAACUGCCCUGAGCAGUACAACUCGCCCGAAGCAAGAAAUUAUUUAACAGAAAUAUGCUACCCCGUCGAAGUGGAAACACAAAUGCUGGACAAUGGGUGUUAUUCGGGUGUGGAGUGCAGGUCAAAAGAGACGUCAAAGUGUCCUAUUUCAGAGGGAUUACAGUUUGAAUCUCAUGAUAAGCAUGUGCUUCCUGUGCUCUUGAGUGAUGAAGAUGAAACAGUGGUGGAAAUGGCAGGAAGACACUCACAAAAACAUCGGGAAUCACGCCACUCGAAGCGGCUCUCGAGUUCUGAAGACUGUUCCUACCAUGUACCGGAUGUUCGCAGUGACGAGCCUCUUACUGAAAGAAACGACCGGUUUAUGCUGGAUGCCCGCUCCACCAUGGUAGAUAGCGGCAUCGCGGUGUUAACUGAUGCUCUCAACACGCCCUCGGAUGAAGAUCGAGAAGGCUACAGCACUGAACACAGACAACCUAUCUUAGUGCCUGGUGACACAGCUAGCGAGUAUCAAAGCAUAUUUAACAAAGUGGACUCCCACGACAGUCUUUUCGAAGAUUCUGCCAGCCUUUUCCCUCCGUCCAAUACAAUAGUGUACCCAGUAUCACCGCUUUCGCCUGCAUCCAACAUCAUCCGUUAUCCUGCCUCUCCUAACAUUUUCGUUUUCGAACAGCCGAGCUUCUUUGGCGAGGAUGACGCGGACACAAGCAGUCCACUCUUCUCGCCAAUCAACUUAAACCCAGUCUCCUUCUCGGACAUUGCUGGCUUUUCCAGGUCGAACCCUGCAGACAAGCGGUCAGCUUACUUGGGGUACAUGGCGUCCAACAUCAGGCCGACCGUCUCAUCUCGUACUUUUUUCUCCUCUGACCAAAUAGAAAACUCCUUAGUAGUGGACAGAACUCAGCAAGGCAUGCCGACGUCUAUUUCUUUCAAGCGUGAAGACGCACAGGCCACAUUUACAUCUGGAAUCAAACCUGGACACACGAGCUCAACGGCUAGGGCGGAAGAGGACAUUCCUUUCGAGUUGCAGAGCCGCGAGGCGCAAACGACUUCUGGGGCUCGCCCCAAAACAAGAAUCCCGGAAAUGCGGAGCGAGCGGACAGACAAGUCGGUCUGCUUGUCGGAGUUGAUCUUACCUUCAGGAUCUACACUAGACACUUUCUCGUCCGUUGGUGACGUGUUUCUGUCUCCAAGCACGGAUGAUCCAUUUGAUGAAAGCUUCAGACUGGACACAACAGGGGAGGACACGGACGUGUUUCUAGAGGAUGACUUUGUCCAGGUGGGCGAUGAGGAUGAGAGAGAAGAUGUCCAGAAAAAGACUUUUACCAAAUGGAUCAAUUCACAGCUGAGCAAGGCGAAACGAGCGACCAUCACUGACCUAUUCACAGACCUUCGAGAUGGUGAGCGUCUGCUUUCGUUACUGGAAGUACUCGCUGGACUUAGUCUUAAACCAGAAAAAGGGAGAUUACGCGUCCAUCACAUCAACAACUUGAACAGGGCGCUGGAAGUUUUGGAGAACAACUUUUAUAUCAAGCUGGUCAACAUUAGCAGCAACGACAUUGUGGAUGGAAACCCGAAAUUGACUCUCGGUCUUGUCUGGAGUAUAAUAUUACAUUGGCAGGUGAAAGAUGUCAUGAAGAAUGUCAUGGAGGACCUGGGUCAGACUAACCUGGAGAGAACGUUACUCAGCUGGUGUCAGCUGUCCACUCAAGGGUAUGAGAAAGUGGACAUAGUCAAUUUCACCAACAGUUGGAACGACGGUCUCGCCUUCAACGCACUUAUUCACCAUUACAGACCAGAUUUGUUCAACUAUAAACACCUCCUUGGGAAAGACAACUUGUACAGACUCAAUCACGCUUUCUCUGUGGCCAGUGAGAAGUUGGGGAUCGAUAAACUCUUGGACGCUGAAGAUAUGAACGUGGACACGCCUGACAAGAAGUCCGUCAUGACCUAUUUAAUGUGCAUGUUCCAGGUCCUGCCCCACUCCAACAUGGGCGGCGCCCGCAACAUCAACAACAACAGUGUGUCCGACAUUGUCAUGUCCCCUUCCUCCAAACGAUUCGCCGCCGAGGUGGACGUGGGUCAAGUCAAUGUUAGGGAUAAAGGAAUGGACAUUUCCGAGUCGGCCAUGUCCAUGAGCAGCUCUGAGUCUCGACACAGCACCAUGAGCACCGUGUCCGUGGAUCUACUGUCCUACCAGGACGCCCUGGAGAAUGUCCUGACUUGGCUGCUGGACGCCGAGGAAGUCAUUGAGAAGUUGGAGCCAAUCUCUAGCGAUGUGGUCAAGGUGAAAGAACAGUUUAAUGAGCAUGAGGAGUUUAUGGUGGAGCUGACCAGGCACCAGGACAGUAUCGGUGGAGUACUUAAGGAAGGCAAUGACCUUUUGACCAGCGGAAAGGUCACCAGCGAGGAAGAGAAAGAGAUCCGCACACAGAUGGGCCUCCUCAACAAUAGGUGGGAGGAACUGAGAGUCAAAGCAUUGGAUAGACAAUCACGGCUUCAGAAAGUCCUGAUGGAUCUUCAGCAGGGUCAACUGGAUGAUCUGGCCAACUGGCUGAGUGCAAUGGAAUUGAGAAUUGAGAAGCAGCAAGUGGUUGGAGCUGAUUUGAAUGCCAUCAAAAGUCAAGUUGAAGAGCACAAGGCCAUACAAAAAAGUCUUGAAGAACAGCAGAAGAAAGUGGACAGCUUGCAGAACAUGGUGGUAGUGGUGGAUGAUACCAACACAGAGUCAGCUUGUGCAGCGAUGGAGAACCAAUUAGAAUCCCUGGGCAAAAGAUGGGCUCACAUCUGUCACUGGACUGAACAACAGUGGCUGGUUCUCCAGGAGCUUUUGAUGAGGUGGCAGCAGUUCUCUGAUGAGCAGGCCAAGUUCAACAAUUGGCUGACAGAGAAGGAAGGCAUCUUGAGUGACAUGAAAGCAGCAGAGCUGAAAACCCCAGAGCAAGUGAUUCAUCAAGUCAAGUGCUUGAAGUCUAUUGAGAAUGAUAUGGUGGAACAAGUGAGACGUUUCGAUGCUUUGAAUGAAUGUGGUCAACAGAUUGUAUCAGUGGUAGACAAUCAGGAGGCAAUUAGUAAAAUAUCUACCUUGCUUGAAGAGUUUCAAGAGAGGUGGGAGAAGCUAGUGCAGGACAUGGAGUCUCAAAGCAAGGAGAUUGCCAACUCUGGAGUAGAACUUUCCAAAGUUUCAGAUUUCUAUGAAGAAGAGCUGAUAGAAUCAGAGACAGUGCAGUCUACGUCUGCGGCUCCAAAAAGAAGAAGAAUGGAGUCUGCCUCCAGAUCAGAAUUUGAUUUAGAACUCAAGAGUCUUCUAGACUGGAUGGACAAGACCGAGUCCACUUUACAUUUGCUUGUGUCUGAAAAUCCUCAAGAGCCAUUUACUGUUGAAGAACAGAGAGUUCUUAUCCUGGAUACUGAAAACUCAAUCCGGACGCAUCAAAUAGAUGUACAGAGACUUUUGACUUUGGGCAAAACUGUGAUUACAGAAUUAAAAAUAGCUGGUGAGUCCUAUGAUGCAAUGUCCAUUAUAUUGAAAGGCCUAGAAGAAAGGUGGCAGAAACUGAAUGAAAAACUAGCAGAUACUCAAACCAAGGUAGACUUGAAUUAUGAGAUGAAAAAAUUCUAUACAGAACUUACUGCUUUGCAAGAUCUAAUGGCUUCCUAUGAAAAGUGGAUUAAAUCAGCUGACACCAUAGCAGAAGAAUCUCCUGAUAUUAUCCGUCAGUUGGACCAGUGCAAGGUGAAAGUAAAAGCAAUGCAGUCUCAUCAAGACAGAAUUGAUAAACUUCGUUUGAAUGGGGAACAGAUCAUACGUCAGUUUGACACAGUGCUAUCUAUUAAAACUGACUUGGAUCAUUUCACUCACAGAUGGCAAGAGGCCUUCUCUAAGCUAGACCAAAGACAGAAACAGCUGGCGGAUGCUCUGGACAAGGUGCCUCCACAGACAUACAUUGAAGCAUUGACUGUUUUGAAGAAAUGGAUCCAUGGGAUUGACUCAGUCGUCAAAUCUGAAAAAGUUCAAAUGACCAACAUUGAAACUUUGGUUUCUCAACUUGACAAUUAUAAGGAAUUAACUAAAGAAAUCCAAGACCGUUCUCCCAGUUUAGAUUAUAUCAACAAAACUGGACAGGAUCUUAUUCUAAAGUCUCCAGCUGACCGAGCGAAACUAUUUCAAGAGGACUUAAAUGAGUUAAAUGCAGAAUGGAACUCUGUGUCUAAGACAAUAGAGCAAAGGUUAGCCAAACUGGAGAAAUCUGUUUCUAAUGCUAAAGAAUUUCAGGACCAAAUGGAUGGACUAAUUAAAUGGAUGAAUGAGAUGGAUGUAUUUCUUCAUGCUCCAGACCCUUCCAUUGGAGACGUGGCUGCUCUGCAGGCUCAGCUUCAAGAGAGCAAUGGUGUUGAGGAAGACAUCAAAACAUUGCAGACAAACAUUAAGAAUGUCAACACCAUGUGGAAAAACUUUGCCAGCGAUGCUGAUGCAGCCUACAAGAGCCAGGUAGAGAAGCAAGUCAAUGACUUAAACAGUCGGUGGGAGAAGCUGGUGGAUCUAGCCGCCAAGCAGAACCAGAGGUUGGCGGAUACCCUGGGGAAGAGCCAAACUAUCUAUGAUAGAAUAGAGGCUCUCAACAUGUGGCUCACAGAGACCAAAGACAGUUUGACCAAUAAAGACUACUCUGUAGUUAAUGCCAAUGACUUGCUAGUAAAAACCAAAAAAUUUAAGAACUUGAAGGCAGAAAUUGAAGGAAAGAAGACAGAAGUUAAUGAAGUCUCAGAUGAAGCUAAAACAAUGUUGUCUGAGGCUCCGGCUGGCUCACUCCAAGAUCUUGCUAGACUGUUGAUGAGACUGACUGCUCUUUGGGAUGAUGUCUACAAUCGGGUGGACUUGUAUAAUAAAUUAUUUCAAACAGCAGACGCCAAGUGGAAUGAAAUGAAAAAACUCUUAGAUAUUGAAAGAAACUAUUUAGACUCUUUAGAGAAGAGAGUCAGAAGGUCGUCUGCCACCAGCUCUGAUGCUGAGGAUAUCUCUGAAGAGCUAAACGAUGUAGAGAAUUACCUGGCCAACCAUUCCACAGAGAACAAACGUCACAUCCAGGAACUGGCCAGUCAUUUAAUUGACAACUCCAUUAUGGUGGACACAGUGAGAAAAGAGCAGGAAGAAUUUCUCAGGAAAUAUGAAAAACUAGAAAGUGAUGCAAGAAAUAAAAUUCAGCGUCUGGAAAAGUCAAUUCAAAGAGCUCAGACUAUUGAGCGCCAGAUGCUAGAGAUGUCCCAAUGGAUGGAGGAGGUCUCCCAAGUCUUACAGAACAGACUGGAUGCUGAUAUGUUAGCUGGCGAUGUACCACAGGAAUACGAGACGUUACAACUGGAAUUCAAGCAACAGGAAGAACUUUUGGAAGAGUUAGAACGCAGUGUGCUGGAAUAUAAAGAACAGGGAAAGCUGGAAGCAUCUGCCAGGCUGGAGAAGCAGACGCAGUUGCUUAAGAAACAUUUUGAAGAGGUAAUGGUCAAAUUUUGCAAGUUUCAACGCCCAGCCGACUUUGAGCCUAAGAUGACCCAUGUCUGGCGUGAGCUUGGUGCAAUCCAGGGCACAGUCCACCUCCUGGAAGUGCCCAGUGAUGAUCAAGAGUCCAUCCAAGAAAGACAUGACAACUGCAUGAAAUUCUACAAAACAAUGAGUGAACUAAAGCCUGAGGUAGAAGCGGUUCUGAAAACUGGCCGGCAGAUAGUUGAACGGAAGCAGGUGGACUUUCCAGACUCUCUGAGCAAACAGCUGGAUGCGAUCAAGCAGCUGUACAAUGAGCUAGGUGCCCAGAUUAAAAAAAGCAAAGCUGAUUUAGAGAAGGCUCUAAAGCUGACAAAGAAGUUGAGGAAAGAGUUGGCAGCAGUGAAUGACUUUAUUACAUCCACCAAUCAUAAGCUGGAUGAGAUAGAGGAGAGCAAUAAGAGAAAUUUAGAGGAAGAGCAGAGUUUAGUUGUGGCUUUGGACGGUGAGGUCUUGCAAAAAGAGCCUUUGUUGGAAUCCAUCAAUGGGAUAAUCAAUCAGCUUCAAGAUCUUUCUGAAGAGGUCGAUGUGUCAGAGUCCAGGGGUCAAGUCAACAAGGCCUCCCUAGAAAUGAGAGAGUUAUCUCAGCGACUGAGUAGAAAGAAGAUUCAAGUUCAGGAAGAAAUAGACAAUAUGGAAACCCAGUUUAUCGAGUUUCAAACAAAGAUAAUAAAGAUCAAAGAAUGGCUGGGUCGCACUGAGACUAUCGUUGGAUCUCAUAGUCGGCUGUCAGAACAGCAGCAACGCUUAACCCCUCAUAGAGAAACUAUAAAGACAAUGCAGAAACAAAUGAAUGACUUGAGGAGCCAGGUUGAUGAGAUCAGAGACCAUGCUAUUGAGCUGAUGAAUAAGAGUGAUAGCUAUAACCGUAUGGUUGAGCCGGAGCUAACUCACAUUAACCAGAGGUGGGAGGAGCUGGCUAUCAAGAUACGGGAGCGACAAGCUAGCGUCCCCCCUGAAAGUCCCUCUGUUGCUGAGGCCAGGCAGUUGAGCUACACAUCACCUGGCAGUCCCACAAGACCAAAAGUAGAAGGCAGCGAGGAGUUUAACAGAGUCUAUGAUGACCUGAAUAAACAGAUGGAUGAGUUUGAGUCCAAGGUGGCAACUGGAGGUCAUGUGACUAUGGAGGACUACAGUAAGGGGAUGAAUGAAACUUUGGAGAAACUUGAAGUAAAAAAAGAGGAAUUGAUGGCCAACUAUCAACAAGUGAUGAAUCAAGGGGAGAAACUCUUGAUUGCUGCUGAAAUUAGCAGAGACCCUGUUACACAUGCAAGAGUCAGUAAUAAACUACAGGAACUCAAGAUUCGUUGGCUGGCUAUCCAGAGAGAUACUGAGACCAAGAAGUUGGCCAUUGCUGAACUUAUGCCUGAAACAAAAAUCCUUCAAGAAGAGAAGUCUCAAGUUACUCUGGAAAUAACAGCACAGUUGGCAGCACUGGAAAGGGAGGUUCUUGAGGACGAGGUUAAAAGACGCGGAAGAGAUCAGACGCCACAGAAAUCCCCCACCUUGGAGAUACGAGACCAGGUCGGCAGCAAGCAGGUGACAUCUUCAGAGCUCGUACCACUCGAUGAGCGGCUGCGUAACCUUACCACCCAGCUGACCACCGCACCUCCUCAAGUCGGAGCGCCCGUCGCAAAGGACGCCGCCACCGCCUCGACCACAUCCUCCUUUGUUUCCUCUGGCAACGGCCAUUCUCCUAGCAGCGACAGCGUCAUCAGUCGGACCACAUACAAUGUGGUGUCCACCAGUGUCACGAGGACCACGACUUUGGCCUACACGCCUGCCCAGUACCUGCAAGCGCUCAGGCGCCUUUUGGCACAGAUUAGUGAUGCCAGGUCUAGCAUGGAACUGGAGGACAUUGUGCCUGUGGAGGAAGCAGGAAGGCAGACGUAUGAUGCCAGCAUUAAGACUUUGGACCAGAAAGUGUGGGAUAUUCAAGAAAAUCUCACAGACUUGGAGUCCCAGAAGGAUGACGUAAUCCUUCAGGCUAAUCAAGAGGAGGCAGCCAACAUCCGGUCACAGAUGGAGCUGCUGCUUCAAGAAUGGUCACGGCUCAGUGACGCACACUCCACCAAACUGAAAAAAUGGCACAAAGCCAUGGACCACUGGCGCACAUUGGACUCUGGAUCUAAGGAGAUUACCUCAUGGCUAGAGACGGCGGAAACGAAGCUUAGCGUAGCCAGGAAUUCCCACAGCUUGGAUGAGGCCAACAGUUUGUUCAAGGAGCUGGAAGUGAACCUGAGGCAGCAACAGAACAAUGUCACCAGAAUGAAUUCUGCUGGAGAAGAGAUUCUCCAGAGCGUCUCUAACCUCAAUGGAGACAAACUCCGUGAGAAGCUGGAGCUUAUCAACCACCGAUGGAAGGUCCUGUGCGCUGAGGUCAUGGCUCGACAGAGGAGGACCAAGGAAAGUAGUGUUGAACCUUUUGAAUUCACAAAUGAGAUGGAUGAAUUAUUCUCUUGGAUUGAUGAAGCAGAAAAUAUUUUGGCCUCUUCCCUCAGACCUGACAUUCCGUACUUGGAGGCCUUACUAGAGAAAGUUAAAGAUAGAGCUGAUGAGAUACCUCAACGCCAGGCACACUUGGUCUCUAUCAACAGUAGUGGUGCUGCACUUGUCCAGUCACCAAAGCUAACGGAUGAGGACCGCAACAAUGUCCACAGAGAUAUUGACCAUUUGAAUGAUGGCUGGACAAAGGUCACAACAGAAAUACCAGAAAAGAUCAUUGCUAUUGAGGAUCAAAUCAAGAGAAUGAAAGGUUUCUAUGAAGAUUUGGAUGCCAUGAACAAGUGGAUUGAAGACACCUGUGUUGUGCUGAAAACCCAGUCAGAGCCAGUCAAGUCUUUGACAGAUAUGGGUCAGACUGAUAGUGUGAUUGUGGACCAACAGACCACCAAAGAUGCUAUAGAAGCACAGCAAGCCAAGUUGAAGCAGAUGACUGCAACGUACGAACAGUACAUGGAGACUUGCAAAGAUCAAGAAGUGCAGCCACCAGAAGGUCUGAAAGACAAGAUCACCAAACUGAAUCUGGACUUUGAAGCCAUGAAACAAAUGUCUCAAAAUAUUAACAAAAGAACAGAACCUCAGAUUACAGAAGUUAUGCAGCAAGUCAAACAGUCCACAGUUCAUGGUGACUUUAAACAACCCAUCGUCAGCACUUCCUCAUCUUGGCUAGAUAUGGAUAAAUCUAUGACAGACCUGUACAACUGGCUGACUAUGUUGGAGCAGACACUGAGAGCUCAAAAGGUGAUUGUUGGAGAUGUAAAGGAUAUUGAGCACAUGAUUCAGAAGCAGAAGCAUUUCUCACUUGACAGUGUCCUAGUGACACAUACCAAAAUCCACAACUGCCAUGUCAACAGUAACUAUUACCUAAGCUGUAGCUGCCUGUUGUGUCUGUCAGAAAAAGACCUAGGCUGCUCUCAGGCCCAGGUGGCAGACUGCCUACAACAGCUCGAGGUUCAUCUUCAAGACAUGGAGAGCAAGAAAAGUCAGCUUGAUAAUGUGUUAACAACAUCUUCUACAUUGCAGAAGUCUUUAGAAAAUCUGAAUGACAGGCAGGCUUUGAAAGACAAAACUGAGAAACUUCGAAUGGAGUGGGAGCAGACGUUGCAGAAUGUUAACAAGCGUAAGUCUCAACUUGACGCACUCCUAGCCGAAUGUAAGGCCUUCAACCAAUCUUACGCUCAGCUGGAGGAGUGGCUCUCUCUCACAGAGAGUCAACUGGAUGUCUUAGAACGGGAGCAAGGUGAAGAAGAAGCCUUGACAAAACAUUUAAAGCUUCAAGAAGAUGUGGACCAGCACAAGGAUAGAGUGGACAGUCUGAAGAGGCAAGCUGAAGAGUUAAGUGAGGACCAUGUGUCUGAGUCUACACAGCAGAUUAAACAUCAGUUGGAGAGACUGUCCAAUAGAUGGUCCAUAUUGCUUAGCAGGUUGACUGCUCAUUGGAGAGCUCUACAAAGUUCUAAAGACCUUGAUCAGCAGCUGGAACCUUCCCUUGAGAAGUUCUUGGCUUGGCUUGAGACUACAGAAGCAUCUUUCAGUGCUUUGUCCAAUCAAACAGAAGCUCAGGAUCUGAAGCACAAUCAGGAACAGGCAGCAGUCUUUUUGGAACACUACAGGGAUCUUCAGGCAGAGGCUGACUCUCACCAAAGUACAUUUGACAGCCUUAAUCACACUGGAAGUCAGGCAAUAAGAAACAUGGUGGCAACUGAUUCCCACAAGCUCCAGGCUAGGCUCGAGGAGAUGAACAAGAGAUGGCUGCGUCUGAUGGAGAAGUCGAUGGAAAUCAGAAGUCGUCUAGAAAGCAAUGCUGAGCAAUGGGCUCGUCUAGUGAAGACAUUACAGGGUCUUGUAGCCUGGGUGGUGGCCAGACAGGCAGAGCUCCAACAGCAGCAGCCUAUAGGGGGUGACCUGGCCAGUGUACAGAGACAGCUGGUGGAGAAUCAGCACUUACAACACCAACUGGAACUGAAGCGACCUCUAGUGGAACAAAGUCUGGAAGCAGGGAAGUUUUAUCUGAAAGAAGAAGGGGAAGAUACUCGCUAUGAAAGUGGUGGGGAUAGUGCAGAUGACAGUGGGCCAGAUGGAACUCCAGAAAAAGAUGCUCGUCAUUUAAUUCGUAAACUCCGUCACCAAGUUAGAUUACUAAACAAGAAGUGGUUAGAGCUGAAAACUAAUACAGUCAAGUGGCAGCUCAAACUGGAUGAAGUUAUAGAGCGUAUGGGAAUAUUCCAUGAGUCUAUGGACAGUCUCCAUGACAGACUGGUGGCUGCUGAGAGGGAAGUAAAAGACUGGCCCAAUGUUGGGGACAUCAUCAUAGGAGAGUUGCAGGCGGAAAUAGACAGAACUAAGACUUUCCAACUCAAGUUUCCCCUCCAAGGGGAGGUAGAUGAUGUGACAGAUCAAGCCAAUAGGCUUCAAGAAGCAGAUGUCAUCCUAUCCCAUCAUAAUGUACAUAGACUUGAGGAUUUCACACAAAGGUGGGACAGUCUCCACAGUAUGUUGCAAGAGAGACUUCAGCAUCUCCAGACAGCACUGAACGCCUAUGGACCAAACUCACAGCAUUUCUUAACUAACUCUGUCACUGGUCCAUGGGAAAGGGCAGUAGCCACCAAUAAAGUGCCUUAUUACAUCAAUCAUGCAACAGAAACAACACAAUGGGACCAUCCUCAACUCACUGUUCUUAUGGAUGCUCUUAUGGAGUUAAACAAGAUUCGUUUCGCUGCAUACAGAACAGGAAUGAAGUUGAGAAUGUUACAGAAGAAAUUGUUUUUGGACAUGGUCUCCUUACAAAUGGCAGUAGAUGCUUUCGACAGCCACGGCCUAAGGGGACGCAAUGACAAGUUGAUAGAUGUAGGCGAGAUGAUUGAAUGUUUGUCCACCAUCUUUGAGGCAGCAGCUAAAGAACAUCCUGAAAUAGUCAAUGUACCUCUGUCCAUAGAUCUAACACUCAACUGGAUUUUGGAUAUCUAUGAUAGUGUUAGAAGUGGUAAAGUUAGAGCUCUAUCCUUCAAAGUGGGUCUAGUAUUAUUGUGUCAGGCCCAACUAGAGGAUAAAUACAGAUAUCUAUUUAGGCUUAUUGCUGACACCAAUGCUUUCACUGACCAGAGGAAAUUGGGACUUCUGCUACAUGACUGCAUGCAAAUACCCAGACAGUUGGGAGAAAUAGCCUCAUUUGGGGGAAGCAAUAUUGAACCCAGUGUUCGCAGCUGCUUUGAAAAAGCUCAUGGCAGACCAGAAAUAGAAGCCUCCCAUUUCUUGGAAUGGCUGAAACUAGAGCCUCAGUCUUUAGUUUGGCUGCCAGUGUUACACAGACUAGCAGCAGCUGAAACAGCUAAACAUCAAGCUAAAUGUAAUGUUUGUAAAGAUUUCCCCAUUGUUGGAUUUAGAUAUCGCUGCUUAAAAUGUUUUAAUUUUGAUGUCUGUCAAAAUUGUUUUUUCUCUGGACGGACAGCAAAAAGUCAUAAGUUGACCCAUCCAAUGCAAGAAUACUGCACAACUACAACCUCAGGUGAAGACGUUAGAGAUUUCUCCAAAGUUUUCAAAAAUAAAUUCAAAUCUAAACGGCAUUUUAAGAAACAUCCACGCAGAGGUUAUCUCCCUGUAGACUCUCAUUUAGAGGGAGAUACAUUGGAAAGUCCCAACCCAUCACCACAGCACAGCAUCUCUCAGGACAUGCAUUCCAGACUGGAGAUGAUGUCAAGCAGAAUCGCUGAAGUGGAACAGAGACAAGGUGCCCCGCUAGAUAUGCAAGAUGAACACAAACUGAUAUCGGAAGCUUCCAAAACAUUAAAUAGCUCAAGAUCUCAAACUUCUAUGUCCAGCAAAAGUGAAGACAAAAAACUCAUUGCUGGACCAGACAAUAAAACCAAUGGUAUACAGGUUACUUUCCAAUCGGAACCCAAUAAAUCAGUCAGUGAUCAACACAAAACAGUCAGUAAUUCCAGCGUAUCAGAUGAGCAUAGCUUGAUACAAAUGCAUUCUUCUCUUCUUGCUAAGCAAAGUGGCACUGAAACACACUCUCCUAUAGCAGCUAUGAUAAAGUCUAAGUACAUUAUCAAAAGAGAAGAUGAGCACCACCUUAUUGCUCAGUAUUGUUCCAGUUUAAAUGGUGACCCAUCCACACACGCAUUAAAAAGUCCUAUGCAGAUAAUGAUGGCAGUUGACGCUGACCAGAGACAAGAGCUGGAAACAAUGAUUCAUGAUUUGGAAGAAGAAAACAGGACACUACAGGCAGAGUACGACCGCUUGCGUCAAGCGUCCCAGCAGAGGUCAGAGAGUGCCCCCCGACUGUUUGGUGAAGAGGAUGGUGCUAACAAUGGCAAUAGAGAUGAGGAGAUGAUGGCUGAAGCGAAACUUCUUCGGCACCACAAGGGUCGCCUAGAAGCUAGAAUGAGAGUUCUGGAGGACCAUAACCAGCAGCUUGAGGCUCAGUUGGGUCGCCUUAGACAGCUCUUGGACCAGCCUCCCGGGGAUCGUAGUUUCUUAUCUAUUGAUUCUUCCUCACGGACCACACCAUUGACCACACCAUCAUCUUCUGUUGGUUCACUCCAUGGUGGUCAGCCUCGGUAUCGGUUAGCACCACAGUUGGAGUCUACACCACAGACUAAUGGCCAUUCAGGUCUAGGGGAUGAUCCAGACAUAAGUGGCAUUAUGACAGAGGUUCACAGUCCUCCACACUAUAGUGCUAUCAAAUCUAGAGGAGGCACCAAUGUCGGAGACCUCUUUCACAUAGCUGGUGAAGUGGGACAAGCAGUUGGCACUCUAGUAACUGUCAUGACAGAUGAGGAGGCAGCGGCACUCAAUGGCAGUGACACAGGCUUGAAGCACACUGAGAGACUGUAGCACUGAACUGUCUCUAGGACUUUACUGUGUUGUCAACAAUUCCAAUCAUAUAUUCAAGUUCUGUUCACCAGUUAUCUCCUCUUGUUUGGUAUUUCCUGUUGGCAGAGAAGACAAGACUUUAUACCAUUCAUGCAUUAAAUGGAAUCACGAUUUUAUAUAUUUAUAUAUAAGUGAUAUAUUCAAAUGUACUUUUUUAUAAAGAUCAAUUUUUAACACAUGUAUAUUAGUAUUAAGACUAUUGUCAUGUAUUGUAUGUCUUUGUAUCUUUUACUUUUUUUUUUUUUUUUUGAAGACUGUUGGACUGGCAGGGCAUCUGUGUAUGCUUAUGUCAGGCUCCAGUAGACUAGUAACAUAGACAAUGUAGACAACUUUUCAUCUGAAGAUAAUAAACCCUUGAACUAUGGUGUUAUCUUUCUAGUUUUAGCCCUGCUUUGGACAAUAUCACUAGAGCCUUUUUAGAUAGCAAUAAAAAUGUGUUGAUCUUACUUUUCUGGACACACUAAUUGUUUUAAUAGUGUAAGGGUCAAUGUAUUAUAGUUCUCACUACAUGCUUCUUAAUUUAAAGAUUGUUGUUAUAGAAUCUAUUUAAUAAACUGUCCCUCAGUAUUUCUCUUUUUUCUAUUACAUGUUAAGAUAGAAACAACUCUCUCAGUAGGAUGGUUGGCUGAAUGAAGACCACAGUUAAAAUGUUUUGUUAACAAACUCUGAUCCUAGCUUUCUAUUUGUUCAUGAAUGUGUCUCAGUUCCUGACCUGGUCUUGUGAUUCUUAUGAUAGAGUUUUUUUCUUUCAUUGGUUCUCUUUUGAUCAAUGUGACACCAUGCCUAAGUGCCUAUUGUCACUAUUUGUGUGUAUAUUGCAUUGCUUCAGAGCGAGAAGACCUAAAGCUCAAUGUGUAGUCUGUUGUUAGAAGUAAACAAAAAUGUAGACUAACUGGAGAGCAAGUCUAAAUACAAAUGGAUGAAAAAUGAA